AGUGCCGCAUGAAUACAGGCAAAGUGAAAUACUUUUUGUACAUUUUAAAAUAUUUCCAUAUACAAAUAUAAUCCAAGAAUUUAAAUAUCCCACUUUACCUGUAUUCACCAUGCAUGGCAAUCCUUAAUAUAUGGUUAUGUCAUUGAUUUUGAUUCAUGUAAAUGUCCUUUUUGGGUCUAUAUCAUCAAAUGAGUUAGAUUUCGAUUAAAACGCAUUUGUUCGUAUGCAAAUAAAUGAAUCUCUUCUUCUUUACAUGUCAAAGAACGGUCAGUUUCCUCAGUGUCACUAGGUCACUUGGUGUUACGUUUCCUUUCUCAUCUUGGUUGUCAUGGCCUCACCGUGUCCGUUCUAUUUUGAUACGGCUAAUGAGGAUGCGCUUCUUGUUUCUUUCUGUCCUACAAAAAAAAAAAAGUGCCAUCAUUUCAGAUUUUAGCUUACUUUUUUCCCCAAUUGUCUUAUGUUCUAUCUUAUUUUUCCUUAUAGCCGCUUUGUCCGGAUUUAAUGGCUUUGCGGGACAUUAAAUCUAUUCUGACCUUUCUAGUUAGUGUCCAUUUCAUGAACAAUGGUUCUCGGUUUUAGUUCCUGAGAGUUGUAGAGUUCACCACAAUUUGUUCCAAAUCCGCAUGUGGCCAUUUGAGCUUCCUAAUUAGGCACUCUCUUAGCUCAGCUAAUUAGUUAAAUUAGAUGGUGUAGUUCUACAAAUAAAGAGCUGAGCGCAAGGCCUCAGAGUAAUCCCAGUCCAAAGUCUCAACAAUUAUGCUGCUCUUUAGGACAGACAUCUAAGAAAUGGGACAACGAUAAUGCAUUUUACCAUUGAACUGAUCUUGAUCCAUUGGUAAAUAGUAAUUUAACAAAAUACUGUCUAAUCCUUUCUUCUUCAUUUUAAACUAUUUGUUUUGGUUCUCAUGAUACUUUCUUUCACUUAAUUUUGCCCUCUAUCCUCAGAAUUAACUAAUGGAUUUGCUUUAGGACAGUUUCAGGUGCGUAUUGUGUGUGUUUGCGUCUUCACGAGAGCCUCGGAUUACUUGGAAUUACAGCUUCCCUGGGGAACUUGCCAGUAGUUUUAUCUUCAUUUUGACAGUUUUAUGUUUCACUUGUGGUUUCCAUUUGAGAGAUGCAGCCCCUGUUACAUGAGCAACAGAUGAUUUCGCUGUGAGCAGGCAAGCGUUCACAUACAACUAAUGAGUGUUCAAGACAGAAUACUAGAACAAUUUAUCUAAUCAUGAUUAGGAUGUACAUAUAAAUGCACCUAUACUCUUAAAAAUCAAGUUUCCAAAGUUUUUUUUCUUCUUCAAUUUUUGUGGUUCCCCAAGUGUAAAGAACCCUUUCCACUAUAAAGAACCUUCUACGCAAUUGAAAGAUUAAUGGAUGUAAAAGGUUCUUCAUGGGGAACCAUCGACGCCAUUAAAAAACCUGUAUUUUUAACGGUGUAUGUCUCUCAUAAAGUGCCAAAACUUCCACUUAGAGGUCUAACGUUACCUCUCUUUGUAUCCGUGACAUCAAAAUUACAUGUUAAGUUGGUUUUUUGAAAACUAAAAAUUCAAAAGUUCAGCCUUCCGUCAGUACUUUUGCCAAAUGCUGUUCAUGCUCUUUCUCAUCUUCUGUUGCACCUCAUCAAUGACUGUGUCUGUUUCUACAUGUGCAGUAGCUUGCUGAACCCGGAGAGAGAAGAUCCAAGAUGCCACGCUCAAAGUGUGAUGUCAUGUCCAAAGAACCAAGCACCAACUUGGAAAGCGCCAUGCAGAUGCUCAUCAAGACUUUCCAUAAGUAUUCCGGGAAGGAAGGAGACAAAUUCACACUAAGCCGAGGGGAACUAAGGGAACUUCUGACGGAGGAGCUGGGAAAUUAUCUCGGGAACGCUCAAGAUAAAGAUGCGGUGGAGCGAGUGAUGAAUGACCUGGAUUCCAAUAACGAUGGCGAGGUGGACUUCACCGAGUUCAUCAUCCUCAUGGGGGCGCUGACCGUGGCCUGUAACGACUUCUUCCUGGACAGCCCGGCGCCCAAAAAACCCGAUGGCAAGGACGAUGCGGCUAAAACAGAGGAAAAGAAAGAGUAAUGAGCAAAUGCUUCAAAAACAGAGAGAGAAAACUGAGAGUAGUAUUAGGUUGCAUGGUUGAGAACAAGAGAGUGCACAAAUUUCAUCCAUUUCUGUAAUCAGAACCGACAAACCUAGUUCCUGGGGGAGAUUUCUCUGCUUUUAUAAUUCAACACAAGCUGUUAAUACACUUUUAAAGCAAAACUGACAAACCCUCAAAGGCAAAGGCUUGGGGGUUUGACAGAAACGCACAUCAGUGCAACUAUUUUCUUUCGAAGUUCUUGAGUACAAGGCGUUUAAAAAUCUUUCAGGAUGGGUGCCUUCUGUUUCAUAUGAGAACACAUGACCACAGACAUUAUAUCUGGCUAUAUAGAGUCUGUUUUUGGAUGAUGCAUAACAGCAAAGUGUAUUAUGAGUGGAAUCAGUGGCUACUUACUUGUAAGUGUCAAAGCCUGUUUGGAGAGAAUGGGAUUGGAGAUGUUAUGGACAGUUAUGAAUGCUCAUUUUUAAUAAUCCUGAACUGUGACUUGACAAACAGAUGUUGAGGGAUUUAUACUUACAUCUUUCAUGAUGAUAUAAUUAUAAAUACCCUUUACUGUUGACAGCAAGCAAUUUACUUCAUGGUUACCAUAUAUUCCGAACAGUGUUCAUGAUCUAUGAAUCUAAUAAUUCAGCGUUGAAGAUGUGAACUUGGUUUGUCUCUUUCUUUGCAUCUAUUUUUUAGCCUAUUUUUAUUUAAUAAUCAGUAUGUAUCUUCUUAAUUAUAAUAAACGUGCAACUGACCUCCAUG